AUGUCAGACUCAAAUAAAAUUAAAGUUAAAAAUCCAAUUGUUGAAAUGGAUGGUGAUGAAAUGACAAGAAUUAUUUGGCAAUUUAUUAAAGAUAAAUUAAUUUUUCCAUAUUUAGAUAUUGAUUUGAAAUAUUAUGAUUUAGGUAUUGAAUAUAGAGAUGAAACUGAUGAUCAAGUUACAAUAGAUGCUGCAAAUGCUAUAUUAAAAUAUGGUGUUGGUAUAAAAUGUGCUACUAUAACACCUGAUGAACAAAGAGUUGAAGAAUUUCAUUUAAAAAAAAUGUGGUUAUCACCAAAUGGUACUUUAAGAAAUAUUUUAGGUGGUACAGUUUUUAGAGAACCAAUUGUAAUUGAAAAUAUUCCAAGAAUUGUACCAACUUGGGAAAAACCUAUUAUAAUUGGUAGACAUGCAUUUGGUGAUCAAUAUAAAGCUACUGAUAUUGUUAUACCAAAAGCUGGUGAAUUAAAAUUAGUAUUUAAACCUAAAGAUGGUGGUGAAAUUAUAGAAUAUCCAGUUUAUGAUUUUGAUGGACCAGGUGUUGGUAUGUCAAUGUAUAAUACUGAUAAAUCAAUUACUGAUUUUGCUGAAAGUUCUUUCAAAUUAGCAAUUGACAGAAAAUUAAAUUUAUUUUCUUCUACAAAAAAUACAAUUUUAAAAAGAUAUGAUGGUAAAUUUAAAGAUAUUUUUGAAAAUUUAUAUGCAACUAAAUAUAAACAAGAAAUGGAUAAAAUUGGAAUAUGGUAUGAACAUAGAUUAAUUGAUGAUAUGGUUGCACAAAUGUUAAAAUCAAAAGGUGGUUAUAUAAUUGCAAUGAAAAAUUAUGAUGGUGAUGUUCAAUCUGAUAUAGUUGCACAAGGUUUUGGUUCAUUAGGUUUAAUGACUUCAGUAUUAAUGACACCAGAUGGAAAAGCAUUUGAAUCAGAAGCUGCUCAUGGUACAGUAACAAGACAUUAUAGACAACAUCAACAAGGUAAAGAAACUUCAACAAAUUCAAUUGCAUCAAUUUUUGCAUGGACAAGAGGUUUAAUUCAAAGAGGUAAAAUUGAUAAUACUCCAAAAGUUGUAAAAUUUGGUGAAGAUUUAGAAAAAGCUGUUAUUGAUACUGUUGCUCAAGAUGGUAAAAUGACAAAAGAUUUAGCAUUAGCUCAAGGUAAAACUGAUAGAUCAAGUUAUGUUACAACUGAAGAAUUUAUUGAUGCAGUUGCUGAUAGAUUAAAUAAAAAUUUAGAAAGUGCUAAAUUAUAA